AUGUCCUCGUCCACCAACUCUUCCACUGAUGUUCACCCCUCCGCUGUAGGGAGAAACACUGCUCCUGACACUAAAUCAUCACUACCCGAACGAAGAGAAUCCGGAUCGUCUACGCAGGAGCCUUCCAACCAUGGAGAGUAUCCAGAGCAGCGACAUGCUGGUGCGGUCGGCUAUGGUCCUAAUUUCCACCAGAAACCGGGAUUUCUCGAUAAGAUAACAUCGGUAAAAGAACAAGUCGUUGGCAAAGCCACAAGAAACCCAGAACUAGUUGAGAAGGGCCAUGAUCGCUGGACCGGCGAAUUGAAGCAGAAAGAACUUGAUGCCGAUGCCGCAGAGGACCCAUUCGCCAACCCAGAUGAAGACAAGGAACAGAAACAGCAGCCAGAAAGGACCAAGUCUUCGACUUCUAACCAAAGCCAGUAG